AACAGUUAAGGUUUCUUUCGAAACCAUUUAUUUUGUUCAGUGAGGGAAGAUAAUCACAAAAGAUGCGAGUUCUGUCAUUUUCAUUUAAUAUAAAAAUGAGCAAAGUAAAGGUAUAUGUUGAGUUUGAUGCACAGGGCGUUUUAAUGCAUUUAAACAGCUUUUUUACUCUUUAUACAGGGCAUCAAUUUCAACUUGCAUGAACUGUUGACCUGAUGUUUAUGGACAUAUUUUUCUCCGGAAUCUCCUCUAGGUUUUCAAAAUUCACAAUAAGCAAUACCUUAUCUACCCAUUCUGUAUAUAUUGAUAAACAAGCUGUAUAAAAAAUGUUUAACUUCAUAAUUUUUCACCUAAAAGCAUGAAAUUGACUCAAUAACACAAUGAAGCAAAAUGAAACUAUAUGAUCAAUUGUGUACAACUGAUACCCAAACUAUUAGCUGCUGCUUGUAAACAAUGUAUUUCAUGCGAUUUAUGAAAAAGCAAGAUGGUAAUGUAUAAAAGUUGUGAAGCAAAAUGAUAAAUUCAACAAAACACUUCCUGAAAUUGAAUUGUACUAGGGUUAGACUAGGUCCAGAUCAUAGCAUGCUUUAAUGGCAUGACAUAUUGCACCAGUCACGUAGUUGUAUUACUAUCAUAGGUCGUUAUGAUACAUAGGUGGACUAAUGCUUACUGUUGAGUUGAAUAAAAAUGCAUUAAAACAGUUAGCCAAGGCACAAGAGGCGGCGAGAGCUGAGAGCAGGCGAGCGAAUGAGGAAAAGGAACGUGCAGCACAGGAAAAGAGAGAUGCUGAUAUAGCCAAGGCAGGAGCAAUUGAAAGUGCAAUAAGUGCUAGACAUGCGCAAGAACAAGCCAGGAUUGACAACCAAAGAGCAAAUGAGGAAAGGGAACGUGCAGAAAAGGAAAGGAGGAAUGCUGCUAUAGCCAAGGCAGAUGCAAAUGUAAUUUCAAGAAGAGCUGCGGAAGUUGAAGCAAAAGCCCAAAAGGACAAGAGAGCUGCUGAAGAAGCAAAGGCAGAGGCAGCUAUAAGUUCAGCAAGAGCUAGACUUGCUGAACAACAGGCCCAAAAGGAAAAUCAAAGAGCAAACAUGGAAAGGGAACGUGCUGAAACAGAAAGGAUGGCCGCUGAAAAAUUAAAGCAAGAGGCAAUGGUAAGUGGGAAAAGAGCUCACCAAGCUGAAGAAAAAGCCCAAGAGGAACACCUAAGAGCGCUUGAGGCGCUGGAAAUGACCAAGCGACACAGAGAGAGAGCAGAAAAGGCAAUAGAACGUGCAGAAAAAGAAGCCAGAAAAUCAUCAACUACAGCAGGACAGAUUGAGGGGAUGAAUCUUAAGAUGGAAUCUGUUCAGAAAGAAAAACAACGACUUCAGGAUGAGAGAGAGGAAAAGAAAAGGAGAGAUGCAUGUUUAAUGCAGUUUGCAUGGGGGCCAAAGAAUACUGAAAGAACAGUCUGGACAUCACAGGAGGUUCAACGACUCCGAGACAAGUUUCAUGAACACAAGUAUGACAAGGGAGGGAGGCUGAUACAUGGGAAGAUCCUGAUAUUUGGUCCCAGCGGUACUGGAAAGUCAUCCUUCUGCAAUGGCCUAAGAGCAGCACUGAAGGAUUCUGCCACACCUGCAAACUACUACGCAGUUGGUAGUAUCGGCAGUUCACUUACUGGCAGUUUUCAGGCUUCACAAUAUGGACCUCACUGGAUUAUUGACAUGCCAGGAAUAUUUGAAUCCAGUGAUCUCAAAACGGAGAAUAUUGAAGACAUUGUGUCUGGCAGGGUUCGCUUUGAUGCCCAGAUAACAAAAACUCUUGACGCGAAGGGCAACCUGCAAGAGGCACGAAGGGACGUAUCAUGUGUUGUGCUGGUUCUCCACCAUGGACUCGCUCUGGGUGACGAAUUGAAGCGUCAACUAAAUGCCAUCAUACGAAGAGGGGGAGAAGGUGCCCUGUCCUACCACCUGGUGCUGACUCAUCUGGAUGAGUGUGACCCGCAGUUCAAGGACCCAGGAAACAUCCCCAACCUGUACAAAUCACCUCUAGUACAGGAAGCUGUGAAGACGAUGUCAGACCAAACAGGCAUUCCAGCAUACGCCAUCAGUUACGUCAAGAAUUAUGUGACGGAAACAGAAACAGACACCAACACCAAGCUGCUUCACCUGAGAGCUCUUGACAGAAUCCUCACCUCUACAGCUGACCAAGUAGAGAAGAUGAUUGAUUUUAAACUUCAGAAGAACAUGUAUGAUGAUUCAUCAGUCAACCGAAACGUCCUAGUAUUCAUAUCCGCUGCCAUGCUAUGUUUUUUGGCAAUGGUAUAUAUGUGUACCCAGUGAAUGCAAGACCAUUCCAAUAUGUAUGCACUCGUAUCUUCGGUCUUUUAGAAAUUAAUGCUCUUCAACCUUAACUCAAACCGUAUCAUCAAGGUGUCAUCGAAAACUAAAAACUAUCAUAAUAAAUGCAUGCCAUUAUCAGAAGACACUUCAGGCAACAUACUGUCUCUAUGAAUAGGGCGGUCGGGUAGCCUAGUGGUUAAAGCGUUCGCUCGUCACGCCGAA